UCUCUCUCUCUGACGACUCUCUGCUUUGAACACAGCCGAGACUGAUUGUUGAAAUUUUCUAGAGCAGCUAGAGCUCUUUUGUGACAGGCAAUGGCGAGGGUGCUGCUUCUUGUGCUAUGCCUGUGUAUAGAGGCGGCGGCGGCGACCGGAACAGCAGAAGCAGCAGGUGGAGGAGGAUACCUGAAAUAUAAGGACCCAAAACAGCCCUUGAAUACAAGGAUCAAGGACCUCCUGGGCCGGAUGACUCUGGAGGAAAAGAUUGGCCAGAUGACGCAGAUAGAGCGCAGUGUUGCUUCAGCUGAGGUCAUGAACAAGUACUACAUUGGGAGUGUCCUGAGCGGCGGUGGGAGUGUACCCUCAAAACAAGCUUCUGCAGAGACUUGGGUUGCAAUGGUGAACGAUUUUCAAAAGGGUUCUCUAUCAACUCGCCUCGGUAUUCCGAUGAUUUAUGGUAUCGAUGCUGUUCAUGGCCACAACAAUGUCUACAAGGCA